GAAUAAGAAAAUAUUUAAGUGAUCGACAUGCAUUAUUUUAUUGGUACAAUUGUAAGGCUCAAAUGUCUCCACACACUACGACGUCAAUGCUCCAACAAAUGAACAGAAUCUUAUCAUACAUAUUGAGAUUCAAAACCAGCAUAUAAACUCAUGUUCUUAACACCAUAAACACUAAGAACCUCUGUUCUAUUCUGUUUUGCUCUGUUCUCUACCAGCAAUAACAUAAAAUCAGCAACAAACAAUGGGAAACAACAAAGAGAUUGAGGUUGUUAAGGGUGUAGAUUUAGAGAGGUACAUGGGUAGAUGGUACGAGAUAGCUUCUUUCCCUUCAUUUUUUACUCCCAAAAACGGUGAAAACACAAGAGCCACCUACACUCUCAACAGUGAUGGAACUGUUCAUGUUCUUAAUGAAACUUGGAAUGGUGGUAAAAGAAACUCCAUAGAAGGAAGUGCUUAUAAGGCUAACCCCAAUAGCGACGAAGCUAAACUCAAAGUCAAAUUCUAUGUUCCUCCAUUUUUGCCAAUAAUUCCUGUUACUGGAGAUUAUUGGAUUUUGUAUCUUGAUGAAGAUUAUCAAUAUGCUCUCAUUGGAGGGCCUACCACUAAAUAUCUUUGGAUAUUAAGCAGGAAGACCCAUUUGGAUGAUGAAAUAUACAACCAGCUUAUUGAGAAAGCUAAGGAAGAAGGGUAUGAUGUGACCAAAUUGCACAAGACUCCACAGACUGAUCCUCCACCUCCUGAGCAAGAAGGUCCUCAACCCAAAGGUAUUUGGUCCUUGUUUGGGAAAUAAAUUAAUAGGUAUAUAUGGUUAUCAACAAACAGUAUUAUGUAAUCAGGCUGAAGAAAGUGGUUAUUUCAUGUCAUCAAUAAAGGUUUCUAGAACUCCAAUCGAGUCAAUUUAGUUUGGAUUUCUAUAUAAUAAUAAUGUAUUAGCUUGUUAUGUAAUUAAAUUAAAGAUAAGUUGGUGUUAGUUUGAUGCUCAAAUUGUGUAAGAUAAGUUGGAGUUAGUUUGAUGAUUAGUUUGUUUACUUUUCCUUUUUAAUUUGUUGAAUUUUUUGGCCAAGCAGUGGGGAUCCUAUGAUAUACUGUAUACUUUAUUCUGCAUCACUCUACACAUGGUUGAUGUGAAAAAGAUAAGGGUAUGGGUCAUAUCAUUGUUGUGGAGUGUGAUCUGAUUUAGAUAAUCAAUCAAGAUGGGUUUUCUAUGAUAA